GCGCAGCUGUUGUAUCUCGUCACCAGGGCUAAUCCACAGCCCGGUGUGGGUUUAAGCCUGCUGUGCCAGUUUAGAGGGCUUGACUUCAAGCCACGUCCUCCUCCCGGUACCCUCUCCGCUCGCCCCGAGUCCGUCUGUCCGCAGGAGCAGCGGGAGCGCUGGUGCCAAAGAGACACACGGAGCACGAUGUCCCUGGCAUCCUGGUUCAGGUGGAACGAGCCCCCAAACCGCAUUUCCCAGAGGAGCCCCACGGAGAUGGUGGUGGAGACGCUGAUGAUGGAGCUGAGCUGGCAGAUGAAGCAGGCCGAGAAGCAGCAGCGCGAGCGCGAGAACGAGUACCGGCGCAUGAAGAGCGGCGUGGACUACGGCUGGCUGGUCAGCUACCCCAAGCACAGCUACGACAUCAGCCCCGGGGAGAGGCUGCAGCUGGAGGACAUGUGCACCAAAAUACACCCUUCCUACUGCGGGCCUGUCAUACUCAGGUUCAGGCAAGUGGUUGCAGAGUACGAACCAGAGGCGCAGGAAGUAUCCCGGCUCUUCCGCUCCGUCCUGCAGGAAGCUGCUGAGAAGAUCAAAGAGGAGGAAGAGGCCAAGAAGCUUGCAAGGCAGUGGAACACAAAGAACAGAACCAGCCUCUCCUUAACAACAUUUAAAUCUCGGUCCAGGAUCUCUCCAUUCAUCAGUGACAUCAAGACCAUCUCUGAGGAUGUGGAACGGGGCACCCAGCCCAACAGGAGGGUUUGGAGCAUGCCAGAAUUUCGGAACACCAAGGACUUCUGACUCUAUACUCAAUAAGGUUUUUAGACACUGAUCUUUCAAAAGCCCAGUUAACCCUUUUUUAAUUCUACUGUUCUUUUUUCCAUCUCUCUUUUCCUGCCUGUCUCUGUCUUGGAAGCUGUGUCUGUAGUAACCGCUGCUGAUGCCUGCAGCCUGUCACACCAUUUAUUACCAAACAUGGUAGCCUUUCCUGUAACUCAGUAGCUGUUCAGAACCUUAAGGACCUUAAGGCUCAUUUACUAUCUCCUUUUUAUUACUGCUUUCUUGUGGAAAAUGAAUUAGUUUUGCUAUGUCUGUCUUCUCCCUUUCCCCUCCAGCCUGGAUGUAGUUAUCUAUAAAAACUUUUGGCUCAAGCUACUGAGAGCUGCUGGCUGCACCAAUCUUGCUGAAAGCAAGACAGCCACUUAAAUGAGUGAGGCUUACAGGAUCAGGCUUGUGAGCUAAAGCUAGUAUCUGAUUUGGAACUGAACUUCCUUUUCCAACUAAUAGCCUUCCUCAGUGCUACAACAAACUUCACAGGUAACCUCAGCACUGCUCUUGAUCCACUUUUUUUGCUGACAGUUCACAAUCCAACCCGGGUAGAAACAGACCCAAGCUUUUUAAGAUUAAAGCCCAAUCAUGUUCCACAACCACCAGUGUAUGCAUGUUCAAGUUUCUUGGGUACUUUCUCUUUUGUGCAGGCAGAACCCCCAGAACUUUGUACCUGCAGAGCAGAUAGAAAUGUAUCACCCUGCUGUGUAGAUACAGAGGUGGAUACCUCAGUGCUGUGUCAAGUGCUGUUCUGAGGCCUCAGUGCUCUGUGUUGGUGAGCUAAGUGCUCUACCCUGCACCCCAGA